UCAGUUAAAGUCACCGGAGAGACGGAGAGAAGAAGACACCGCGAAGGUGAAGAAAGUGGACCAUUUCUGUAAAACCUGUGCUUGUGUUGGACUAUUCUGGGACACAAAACUGCUGCCUGAAGACACACCAACUACCCGCCGCUGGUUUUAAAUCUCCACGACACUAAAAAGACACUUUAACGUUACUUUAAAAGACAAAAAAAGGACAACCAUGCUCAACCUCUGCCUCGUGUUGAUUUUAUCUGCCUCCGUUUUUUCAGAGUCGGUGAGGGAGACGGAGACCUGGAUGCCCAUGAAGACAACACAGACGGUCGCCAUGUCAACACACCAUGACCACCUGGAGUCAUCGGGAGACUCCUCCAACGGCUCCGACUUCGGCUUCACGGACGACGAAGACGACAAAAAAGACCAAUACGACCAGGACGACGACGAUUACUACGACGACACGCUGUACGAUGACGAGGACGAGUACGACGAGUUCUCUGGAUCUGGUGACGGAGCAACAACUGCGUCACCUGGAAAAGAGUCCAAGCCGUCAGUGAAGCCUGACGUGAACGACAACAAGAUCCCGGAGUUGGACCGUCCGGUGCAGCCGACCGUCAACGAGGUGAGCAUCGUCCGGAACAGCAACGAAAUCCCGGAACUGAGGAACGAGCCGGAGCCCAGCGAGGAGCACCCGUCCAACGUCCUCAUGUCCCACGCCAGCGACGACAGCAUCUUUAACAAGACGGAGGUCCUCGCAGCUCUGAUCGCGGGCAGCGCCGUCGGCCUGAUGUUCGCCGUCCUCCUCAUCCUCCUCCUCAUCUACCGCAUGAAGAAGAAGGACGAGGGCAGCUACGACUUGGGGAAGAAGCCCAUCUAUAAGAAAGCCCCGACCACUGAGAUCUACGCGUAGACCCUGACCUCACACACACACACACACACACACACACACACACACACACACACACACACACACCCACCUCAACCCCUUAAAAACCCAAUCAGGGCCAGCGCGUGGCCUCGCAGUGCCUCAUCAUCACCGUACCUCCUCACUUUUCUGCGGCAGAUUGACGCUCGAUAGCGAAUCAGGAGAGAAGCCCAGACGACACAAUCGACUGACUCCUCCUCCUCCCUGAGGUCAUAUUAUUGGUGCUCUCUUAACCAAUCAGAGGCUUUGUUAGUCCUCUUGUCCCUCUCUUUUUGUCAAACAAGGAAAAAACAGGAGUGGACGAUUUCAGCUGCGGUACAUUUUGUGUUUUUAUUUUAUUAUUUUGUCCCCAUGUCAAGAGAAAAAACAACAGAACUUCACGUCUGAGGACUCGGAGGACUCCUCUCCCUCAUCGUGCCCCCCCCCCAAACCCCGUCUUCCAGUUUCAAACACUAACGCUGUGCAAUGACUCUCGUCUCGGUACACAUUAACGGUCCAGUUAUUUAUUUCCCCUCUGUGUUUCCUCUCAGCCUGUUUCUUGGACUGCAGCUCCUCACAUUACUGUAGACUUUUAUGUGAACAUUUUUAUUAGAUUUUUUUUUUUUAAAAAAAGAACUCCUUGUAAUGCAGAGAGAUUUUUUUUUCUAUUAAAGAUCCCAUCGUGACGGGAAAGAAUUGAGCUCAUGUUGUUGAAAAUUCAUUUUGAUUUGAGAGAUUUUAAAUCACUGUGAUGCUGUGUAGAUGUACUCCCUGUCAUCUGUCAAAACUCGUGAAUCGUCACAAUGUAUAUUUUUCCAUUUUUAGCCUCCUGCAGCGACAGCGAGGAAAAACAGACAAACAAAGGGUCAGGACGUAUUUGCAAAUGGUUAUUUCUGCUACACAGAAGCAUCAUUAAAACCACCUGAAAAGAUUUCGUUUUUUCUUUGAA